AUGGCCUCGCUGUCGCCUGGUGCCACUCUUGGCCUGGGAAUCGUCGUCGGCCUCAUAUCCACAUGCGUCCAAUCCGUCGGCCUCACCUUGCAGCGCAAGUCGCACAUGCUCGAGGACGAAAAAGACCAACACCUNCCCCGCCGUGCUCCAUACCGCCGCCGACGAUGGCAACUCGGCAUGCUGCUCUUCCUCCUCAGCAACAUUGUCGGCUCCUCGAUCCAGAUCACCACUCUGCCGCUACCCUUGCUCAGUACCCUACAGGCCUCGGGUCUCGUCUUCAACGCCCUCAUGGCCACACUACUCCUUCAUGAACCCUUCACCCGUCGUACUGCUCUGGGCACCCUUCUUGUCGCCGCUGGUGCGGUUCUGAUAUCCCGUUUCUCUGCUCUCCCCGAGCCCUCGCAUUCGCUCGACCAACUCCUGAAGCUGCUCGUCUUUCCAAACUUUGUUGUCUGGAUGACCCUGACUCUAUUUCUCGUUGUCGCCAUAUUGCUUGCCGACUCUACCACUGCCUUCUUCUUGACUGCCCAGCAAAUACAGAGACCGCGCUUCAGGCUACUGCGUGGCAUGGCUUACGGUCUCGUGUCCGGCGUCCUAUCAGCCCAUGCCUUGCUCUUGGCCAAAAGCGCUGUAGAACUACUCGUACGCACCAUUGUCGAUCACAAAAACCAGUUCGACCGAUACCAGUCUUGGCUACUGUUACUACUCUUUCUCCUCUUCGCCCUCACCCAGCUAUACUACCUCCAUCUUGGUCUGAAGCUGGUCAGCACAAGUAUCCUCUAUCCUUUCGUCUUUUGCAUCUACAACAUUAUAGCAAUUCUCGACGGUCUCAUCUACUUUCGCCAAGCCGAUCAACUGUCGCCUCUGUAUGCUGGUCUCAUAGCAUUGGGCACCGUUGUUCUGUUGGCAGGUGUGCUGGCGCUCAGCUGGCGUCUCAGCGAAGAAGACGCCGCUGCCGUGCCCGCAGGAGGUGAGAUUCCCCAUUCUGCUUUGGCGCCUGGCAUGGGUUUCGUCGAUGAUCACGAACACGAAGGGGGCAGCCGACGCUCUUCAGAGACCGCACCGUUGAUGCGCAGACACACGUUACGGGACUCUGCUCUCAUGAUUGGCAAGAAACGCAGACGGGGCAGUAACGCUCGUGAAGUAGAAGACAUCUGGGACGAGCUGGCAGAUGAGGAGCAUUACUACGGCACUGUGCCUCGCCGUGAGUCUCUGGGCUCAAAUCCAGAGGCUGCUCCAUUACUCGACAGCCGACGGCCGGCGCCACCCAAGUUGUCAAGGUCCAUCACCGACCCUCCGAACCACGCGCAUUUCAGAAGUCGUUCCGAGCCGUUACGACUUGAUAUAGCAGCGUACAGACACGAAAGCAUAUCCAAGCAGCUUGUCGACUGGUGGCGUACGCGAUGGACAGGCCAGGAGCGGGAAGAAGAAAGUGAUCAUGGUCCGCAUGCUACAUAG